GGUCAUUCUGUAUUCACUAUAGAAGACACAUAUAAAAUAGAUAAAGUUCGUUCUAGAAACUUAGCCAAAGAAGAAAAGGAUCAGGAUAAUAAAUCAUUAGACAGUGGCUUAAAAGAAGCUUUCAUUGAAGAAAUACAACAUACUCUGGAUAAAACAAAAGGUGAUUGUCCGGACAUUCUACGAAAUGAAAAAUGCCUUUGUUUGACCACUUCUAAGGAAUCUGGUGAACCAUGCACGUCGCCUCAGUCUGACAGUCCUGAAAGUCCAAGGUAUAAUUCUACACCUUCUGGAUCAACAGGAUCUUGCCUAAGUGUUUACCACGAAAAAACAUCCAUACGAUCUCUUGCAGGAGAUAUUGACGGUGCAGCAAUGAUGAAGCUUCACCCCAUAAUGGUGCUCAGAAUAGACGAAGAUGCGUACAAAUUUACCGAAACGUGAUGCCGGUACUCGCUCGUCUAUGCCAGUUCUGGCAACUGGGUAAUUAUUUGUUAUAAUUCAAACA